AUGGUCAAUUUUAGGGGGAUCGCCAGAGCCAUGUCUACAGUUGCGAAGUCGUUUGAAAGCAAUGCCGUGGUUCCAGAUGUCGUGCCCAAAGCUCCUAGCGAUAGGAUUUCGGUGGUGUAUCCAAGUGGCGUGGAAGUAAACGAAGGAAAUGAACUGACUCCCACUCAAGUGAAGGAUGUACCAUUGGUCCAAUGGGAAGCGCAACCUGAUGCCUACUACGUGCUCGCUAUGACUGACCCAGACGCGCCAUCUCGUCAAGAGCCUAAAUUCCGUGAAUGGCAUCACUGGUUAGUUGGUAACAUCCAAGGGAACAGCGUUGCGACGGGGGAUACCCUUUCAGCUUAUAUCGGUUCUGGGCCACCCCCCGGCACUGGUCUGCAUAGAUACGUGUACUUGGUAUACAAACAGCCAGGGAAACUGUCUUUCGAUGAACCACGUUUAACUAACACUUCUGGCGACAACCGUGGAGGGUUUUCUAUUGCGAAGUUCGCUAAAAAGUACAAUUUAGGUGAUCCCAUUGCUGGAAAUUUCUACCAAGCGCAGUAUGACGAUUACGUGCCAAUUCUGUACAAACAAUUGGGGGCA